AUGUCCAGCCGGUACCCUCGUGAUAGGUCACCGCCUUAUCGCGAUCGUAGGCCUUCAACAUUCAGCAGCAAUGGCUACGCUCCAAGGGCCGGCGACAACGUCAGACCCAACCCAGAGCCCAGCGGUUUCCCGCCCAGAGAUAUCCCUCGGGGCCCAAAGUCUGCUGUGGAUGCCCCUCGUGUCCUUGCCACGGGUCCCCCUACGCCUUUGAGGACCGCACCGCCUCUGAGUAGUGGCCCCGCCCCUCCUCUGCACAACUCCCACAAUUCCUGGAGAGCAGAUCGUGAUCGCGACCGGGACUUUGAUCGGCGAGAAAGACGACCUACUCCUCCACGGCGGUCUCCCAUUCGAGAUGCGAGAGAUAGAGACUUCUUAUCGCGGGAUCUCGACGUCAGUCGUGCUCGACGCAACUCACGCGACGGGCCACCGUCGGCCGGGUCGACCUACUCCGAUGCACCUCCCAUCAGCACAGGCUCCUCCUAUCGCGGUGGUAGCAUCAGUCGAGGUCGCGGCGGCUUCGCAGCUCGUGGUCGGAACUUUCACGACGACCGAGACAGGCACCACGACCUACGUGAUCGCCCACCAGAUCGCACCUACCGACCGCGAAGCCGGUCACCACCGGGUCGUCGGGAAAGAGAUGUGCGGGAAGACAGAGAGUUGGACAGAAGAGACCGUGAUGAUCGGAGAUUUAUCCCACGAGAAUAUGAUUCCUAUAUUGGCCCUGCAGGCACGGCAAAGCCAGGAUUACGGACACUAGAUACGCACCGAGGCCCAAGUUCAUCUGACUUGCGCCAUCUUCCGGGCACUCCAACAGGCCCGACUCCGCAUUCAUCUCAUCAUGCAUCCCCAUCGGACCGGCUAGGUUCACAGAUAGACUCCUACUCAAGGCGUUCGUCCCUUGCCAUUGACCCGCUGUCCUCCAAGGACUCUAGGCGGGAACCAGGCAAGGAUGAGGCCCUAUUGGCGAGCCGAGCCGAAGCAUCGAGAGAAAGGUAUGCCCCACGUGCUUCGUCGCCUCCUGCUUCCAUCCCGGCCUUCGGAGGAUCUAAUGUCUGGAGGGCUCCCGUACCUGAAAGCAAACCUAGUGUUCCUACAGUGUCGCAGCCAAAAUCUGUACAGGCCAUGUCAACUCCCGCUACUCCUGCACCGCUACCAGCUCCAGCAGUUGUUACUGCGCCCGCUGCGUACACCGUACCAAAAACUGUGGCGCCCCCGCCAGCCCCAAAGCCAGUGAUGGCUCCAACCGCUCCAAAAGCCGCCGAAUACCAGAUCGAGGACCCGGAGAAAUACCUAGCCAAGACCCAAGAUCAGGGCCCCCAGUUGUGCCGCGUAUGGAACCUCCUGCUCCUCCUCCUCCUCCACCACCACCACCUCCUCCUCCUGCCCCUUCCGUCCCAGUCACUGAUCAUGCAGGCAUUAAUCAUGCGUCAUCUAAAACUCCAGUGGCACACACAGCACCUCCACCCUCAAAUGGACCUCCUAAUACCCUACCUACUGUGUCUGCUCCAACAGCUCCUUCGGGAUUAG